AUGGGUACCCUCGCCGGCCCGGCGGUUUCCGGGUGGUCCGGUCCGGCCCGCCCCCGUGCCGCUGCCCACUGGACAGGUCAAAGGACAAACCUUUUUUGCUCGCACGGCGCCGGUACGGCUGUUCGCAGAGUCGCGCUCGCCUCGCCGCUGCGGUCAGUGGUCGCCUUUUCUGCAUCGAUCGAGCCACGCUUCAAUCUUCUGGCGCAUGCAUGCACGCACGUAUCUCUCAUCGAUGUCCUCGGCACACGCAAGAAGGUCCACUUCGUCCUCGACCUCGCCGCCGGCGGUGAGCUCUUCUCGCUCGUCGACUCCGACGGCCGCAUGGCGGAGGACCUCGCGCGGCAUUACUUUCGCCAGCUCGUCUCCGCCGUCCGGUACUGCCACUCCCGCGGCGUCUACCACCGCGACAUCAAGCCGGAGAAUUUGCUGCUCGACGGCGAGGGCGAGUUUAAGGUCGCCGACUUCGGGCUCGGCGCCAUCGCGGACGGGAGCCUCCACCACACCCUCUGCGGCACCCCUGCCUACGUCGCGCCGGAGAUCCUCUCGAAGCAGGGGCACCACCCGGCCAAGGUCGAGAUCUGGUCCUGCGGCGUGGUGCACUUCGUGCUCGCCGCCGGCUACCUCCCAUUCAACGACGCCAGCCUCAUCAACAUGUACCGCAAGAUCUACGCCGGCAAGUUCCGGUGCCCGAACUGGUUCUUGCCGGCGCUGCGCCACCUGCUGCGCCGCAUCCUCGACCCCAACCCGGCCACGCACAUUGACACGGACGGCAUCAUGGAGCACCCGUGGUUCUGCCACGGCAUGGGCGGCAACGGCGAGCUGGAGAAGCUGAUGCGCGGCCACGAGGAGGAGGCGUGGUUCAAGACGGAGUUCAAAACUAAUUGGGACUGA